AUGAAUGGCCUGUGUCCUGUAUUCCUGCAUGUACAUAGGUUGUCUUCCAGGGGUUGUUUUGUGGGUAAUUUCUGUUUUUUUGUCUUCCCAGGUAAACGGAAAGCACUGAAGUUAAAUUUUGCCAAUCCGGCCUUCAAAACCACAGCAAAGUUCACUCUGAACCCCACCAUCCAACCUGCACACCUGAUGCAGAAACCAGGUGCCGUUAGGAACCUCGAGACGUCCUACCAAAAACAGGAAGUGCGGUUCGCUGGCGGGAGGUCGUACAGCUCCAGCGAGCAGGCUACAAAAAGCAGACUAGAGCGCUUACGAACACACAGUAUCGAAUCUUCUGGAAAAUUAAAGCUUUCCCCGGAGCAGCAUUGGGACUUCACGGCGGAGGACCUGAAGGACCUUGGCGAGAUUGGGAGAGGAGCGUAUGGAUCGGUCAAUAAAAUGAUUCACAAUCCGAGUGGACAGAUAAUGGCCGUCAAGAGGAUCCGCUCAACUGUAGACGAGAAGGAACAGAAGCAGCUGUUGAUGGAUCUCGAUGUGGUGAUGCGAAGCAGUGACUGUCCUUACAUUGUUCAGUUUUAUGGGGCGUUAUUCAGAGAGGGUGACUGUUGGAUCUGUAUGGAGCUUAUGGCUACCUCGUUUGACAAAUUUUACAAAUAUGUAUAUAGUUCAUUAGAUGACGUUAUUCCAGAGGAGAUCCUAGGCAAAAUCACUUUAGCUACUGUGAAAGCAUUGAACCACUUAAAAGAAAACUUGAAAAUUAUUCACAGAGACAUCAAACCUUCAAAUAUCCUUCUGGACAGAAAUGGAAAUAUUAAGCUGUGUGACUUUGGCAUCAGCGGGCAGCUUGUGGACUCCAUUGCCAAGACGAGGGAUGCCGGCUGCCGGCCGUACAUGGCGCCGGAGAGGAUAGACCCGAGCGCAUCCAGACAAGGGUACGAUGUACGCUCAGAUGUGUGGAGUCUUGGCAUCACAUUGUAUGAGCUGGCAACCGGGAGGUUCCCGUACCCCAAAUGGAAUAGUGUGUUCGACCAGUUGACGCAGGUGGUGAAGGGCGAUCCUCCGCAGCUGAGCAACUCCGAAGAGCGUGAAUUCUCCUCCAGCUUCAUCAACUUUGUCAACUUGUGCCUUACAAAGGACGAAUCUAAGAGGCCAAAGUACAGAGAGCUUCUGAAACACCCUUUCAUCAUGAUGUACGAAGAGCGACACGUAGAUGUUGCCGGAUAUGUCAGUAAAAUCCUGGAUCAAAUGCCAGCCACCCCCAGCUCCCCGAUGUACGUCGAUUGA